AUGUCCAGUUUUGACAGCGAUUUAAAAACCAAACUGCUUCAGCAGGAGUGCCACUUUACUUGGUCUCUAAGAGAAGAAGACUUUAAUCUCUUUGAUUUACUGAAUCGCCUGGAGGAACAGAUUCGGUUGGAAUCUGGCAAGGCAAGAGUAACACGAGCUUACAGCAGUUUAGGAUUUAUUCAUUACCUCCAUGGCAACCUACAGGAAGCACUCACAAAUUUGCAGAAAUCUGUGCAGCUUGCACAAGAAUACUACAAAGAGAGAAGUGAAUUAGUUCUUAUUGUCACCUAUGGGGACCUUGCUUGGUUGCACUAUCAUAUGAAUGAAUUCUUUUCAUGUGCAGAAUAUUUGAGACAGUUAGAUAGGAUCCAUGAAACAUUUUCUAACCUCCCUCUAGAGGUGCUCAGAGAGAAAGGUUGGGCUUUUCUUAAAUUCUCUCACAAAUAUUACAGUGCUGCAAAAGAAUGCUUUAGGCAGGCCCUUGAAUUGAUCCCAGAUGACAGUGAUUUAAAUACAGGCUAUGCGAUUGCACUGUACAGGACUACAACUGAGACCACUGACUCGCAACACUCACCAACAAUACAACUCCAAAAAGCAAUAAAGCUCAAUACAGAUGAUGCUGUUCUACAUACUGAAAAGUGCAUAAAGAUAGUGAUUUCUGCUCUUUUGAAAGCUCCUGAAAACCCACAUGUCAUUAGAUAUGCAGCAAAAUUCUUUCGUGAGUUGGAAUCAGUGGACAUGGCCAUAAAUCUACUGAAAAAAGCACUGCAGCGUUCCCCAUACUCAGCCUUCAUGCACCAUCCAUUAGCUAUGUGUUACAAAAAGAAGAGGCAUAUAGCAGAUCCUGAUGAAAGUCAGCAAUACUUGAAAAUGUGCAUUGUUCAUCUAGAAAGAGCUGAUUCUCUAAGGCCCUCAUUCAUUAUCAAUAUGGCAGAUCUGGCACUACAUUAUGGACAGGAUGGUAGGAUCUCAGAAGCUGAGAGACUUUUCGAACAAGCAUUUAAAGAGGCAAAUUACAGAAAGGAGCAUCUGCAGUUUGUUUAUUGUUCAUAUGGCAAGUACCAGCGCUUCACCAAACGAUCUGAACAACUAGCCAUACAGAACUUCAUGCAAGGUCUGAGGCUGCAGCCUGAAUCAGCAGAAGGCAAAAUGUGUGAGUGGAGCCUGGAAAAGGUUGCUGAAUAUCGUAUUAAAAGGCUGAAAGAUCCUAAUGACAGUACGGCUUGUUGCAUACAAGGAUUCAUUCAUGAAGUAAGGGGUGAAACACUCAAGGCUGCAGAGUUCUAUGAGAGAGCCUUAACGAAUGAACUUGCUGUCAGUGAAAGCAUUCUUCUCACAGAGAUCAGGAUUUGGCUCAUGGGCUUCAAAGAAACAGGAAAAUCUGUUGGUGAUCUGCUCUUUAAAGAAGAGUCAUGGAUUUGUGAUGAAGGGCAGUUUGACAAUGGCAGACUUAAGACUGUCAAAGGGAAAUUGCUAGAGAAAAGUGCGCACUUGGUAGAGAUUGACAUUUUCAAUGCCAAGAGGAUUCUUAAAUGGGAAAGACGUGCUCUCACUCCUGGACCUCAUGUAGUUCUACUCAUCUUUCAUCUAGAUCAUGGGGAAUUCACAGACGAGACCAAAGAGAUUCUUGAAGAUUUAGAGUUUCUUGGAAAGAAAUUUUGGAAUCAUGUCAUUGUGGUAUUUACAAAAGGAGACUGUGAAAUAAAUGAAUAUACUGGAGCUCAGAGAGGAGUACUGGAGUGGAUUCGUGAAAAAUGUGGAUACAAUUGCCACAUCUCUGGCUAUGCACCAGAAAUUAACAAGAGGAUUGAGCUUUCAGAGAGGAUGGAAAGGAUGAUCAGCAGAAAUAAAUCAAUGCAUCUGCUUUUACCAGAGAUUUCAGAUGGAGCUUCUCAAUCCCCUUCAGAGGACUUGAGAGGGACAGACAAAAAAGAAGAUUGUUUGUUCACUCCUGAGGUCAUUGUUCAGGAUGGACAAACUAAUUACAGGCUACAAUGCAAUCAUACAGGCUGGUUCCAUUGUGAGUUUACACAGCUUGGUUUUAACAUGAAGGGGGAAGGGGAAGUGCUGUACAGCACUGUUAUUCAGGAGAGCAACUGUCCAGUCCCCACCAACUGUUACCCAGCAGGACCUCUGUAUGACAUCAGAUGUGUUCAGGGUGAGCUCUCUCACCUCAAGCUGCCACACUGUGAGACCUCCAUUGAGGAUGCCCACCACUGCCUGUCAGUUAUACAUUACUCAGGCCUUAUUGUUGAGGUUCUGAACCCUGAGAAUAUCUCAAGGACACAUGUGACAGUGAGCAUCCCGGGAACAUCACGAUUUACACUUUCCAAGAUAAUAAACUGGUUUAAGGAAAAGAUAAUUGGACAAGUGAUUCUGAUGUACAUUCAACCAACACACACAUUGCAUGUGUUCCUUCAACCACUCAAUGUGGACCCCAGAAAAGUGGCUGAGUGUGAUAAUUAUACACUGGUCCGAACAACCUGUGAUUGCACACUUAAAUAUAACAGUACAUACAGCAUGUCCUGUGAUCUUGUAGAGGAACAUGGACUUUCAGAGAAGCCAAUAAUAAAGAUACAACCAAAGAGCAAACAAUUUCAAUGCACUUUUAAGAACAGACAUCAAUACAAUCCAACAUUUGAAAUAUUCCUGCCAGAUGAUGUGAUGAAUGUGAAUUUACGUCUCAUAAAGGAAAAUCCAGAAAAAGUCAAAGUUGUGUGGGACUGUGAAAUACGCCUUGAAAACAUACUGUAA